AUGCCUCAAGAGAGGUUUGAGAAAGGCAAGCGGCUGCGAGCUUGCAGUAUCUGUGGUCGCACCUUCAAACGUACCGAGCAUUGUAUUCGUCAUGAGCGUGCACAUUUCCGCGAGCGACCGUUUUCUUGCAGGUUCUGUGAGAAGUCGUACGGCAGAAAGGACUUGCUCGUUCGCCAUGAGCGUACAUUACACGCCGAUCAAUGGGCAAUGGCCCAGUCAACCGCUUCAACAAAUAACUCGUCGCAGACCCGGACAAACCGCCGUCGCCAAAGCCGAAGUAGCUGGGACCCAGCUCCCGCCUUACCAACACCUGUUCAAAGUUACAAACCUGAACCACAGAAUGGUGUGCUCAUAAACAAUGAAACGGUUAUCCAAUAUGAGAGCUUUCUUCCUUCGCCCCGCGUGUCAUCGUCCUCAGAAAUAAGCGAUCCCGAGCUAGUCAGCGGUGUUUCCGAAGCGUUCGAUCUUGAUCGACACUUAGAUCCCAGUUUAGCGAAUUUAGCAAACCCUGUCAACAUGGUCGCCGGGGCCCCAAAUGAGGAUGGGUCCCUACAUUUCCAGUCGUCAUUUCCGCUUGACUCACAUCAUUUCUCAUAUGAACCGCACAUGUCUCAUAUUCAACCGCAGGAACCCAUACAGUUCAAUUAUGAUCAUGGCUUCCCUCUUGACCCGAGUCUAACCAUGGACCUGCCGAAAUCAGAUUAUAUACCUACAUCGUCCACAGAUACAGAGCCUGGAAAUCCCAACUUUUUUACAUUGCUUCCUGGAUCGAGUACUGAUGAUCAGGUCCUAUUACUCAAUCAAAUCAUCACAGCUGAAAAUUCGAAUGACGGAUCGACGAACAAUAUAUUUGCUCUAGAUAAGAUGCCUUCUGAGCAACGGCGGCGCGGACGUCCCUCUCGCAAUUCCAAGAUCCGAAGCGAGCCUCAGUUGCCAAAAGUCAUGACAGAGGAAACUCGAAUAUUUUUGAUAACAGAUAUUCAAGAAAGACUCUCCAUUGACUCUAAAGAACUACGGAUACCAAGCUUGCAGAGUCUUCAUCACUUUAUGAACACUUUUUUCAAGUCAUUUAACAACCACCUACCAAUCUUUCACCCUCCCUCGUUUGACAUCUCAGAAACGCCUAGCCCGCUAUUCCUAGCGAUGUGCUCAAUUGGUGCACUCUUUGAUAAGGAUAGAGACACUGCGAAUCACCUACGGGAAAUAGCAAAUGAAGCACUGCAAAGUGUUGAUUCUGGGAGCUCUAGUCGCUCGUUGUGGGAAGUCCAAAGUAGGCUACUCCUGACUGUAGGAGCAGCUUUUGGUGGUAAUGGUGCAGCAGUGGCUUGGGCACUUGAGAACAUUGGAUUUUUCCAUCGAGAGUUUGCUUGGAGGAGGUCGGCACUUUCGGCGUCCCGUGAAACGGCUCCUGAGAACUGGGCAACUUGGAUUGAACGGGAAUCGACAAAGCGCCUGCUUUUCGGCAUAUUUAUCACUAGCAGUCUUCUAACAGCUGCUUAUAAUGUUUCGCCUGGAAUAUCCACAACAGAGGAUCUGAAAAUUGAAAUGCCCGAGCCGGAGACUAUUUGGAUGGCUGCUGAUGAGGAGCAUUGGAAGGAAGCAAUGGCCGUGAGAGUAAAUAGGCCCUUAGAUGUCAACCAAGCCUUGACAGCGUUGCUCUUUGGCAAAGAUUUCAACCCGGAUUUAGAACAACAAUGGUCGCCUUUUUCUGCUGCAAUUCUGAUGCAUGCUGUCAAUGUGCACAUGUGGCACGUCACGCAAUCCACGCAGUCCUUCAUGAAUUUUUCCAUCGAUGCCAAAGCGGAAGAACAAAUGAAAGCACUAUGCACCAGUCAGACGGAGGAGUCCCUAUCAAGAUGCCAUAGAGUUCUGGCACUGGGAAAAUCUGCUGGGAUUGCAAGUACACGGGGAAGCGUUGAAAGAACGCUACUAUUCAAUGGCAUGGCGGUACUCCGAAGCUGUUAUGUCCGCGUAUUUACUGGAAGUGGAGCUUUUAACCGUACCAUGUUGUUUUGUGAUGACGGACAAGAAGUACUCAGAGCUGCAAGAGACUAUGUGCAGAUUCAACAAGUCCGAUCACCAUUUCUCGCAAAGGCUGUCGCACAAGUCUUUGAUGGCUUACUAAUACCGAUACGGCAUGGAAAUCAGUUGGUUAAUAAAACGGACGUGUUCACCUGCAGUAUCGAGCAUACAGUAGCUGCAUGGGACUGCGCUCUGUUCUAUACCAAGUGGGUCCAUACACUGGAAAUGCAGCAGGGUUUCGCGCCACCAGAUCACGAGGAGAAGAAAAAUCUUGACAAUCUCUCAGAGAUGCUGCAGGAAGUUGGCAGCAACGACAAUGGCCGUACAUCGCUUGCAGCCAGCGCGGCAAAGAUGUGGGCUAGUUUCCUCGACGACAACUGGACCUGGGAAGUGACAUGGCGAAUGGGUAAUGUCCUUCGGCAAUUAGCAGACGUAUACGAAAACGAAAAACGAUUUCUCGGAAGCCGAAGUUGA